AUCCAAAUCCACAGAGGCUUUGGGUAACUGUUUCAAGACUAGAUACCCCUGUAGAAAAGGGGCUUCUGGCACUCAUAUCAAUGUUUAACCGGAUGUUCAGGUCAAUAUUUACCAGAAGAGAAAGCUAUCUGAACAGGGGUUGGCUAAGAGCAAAGGUCCUGGUAGGAGGGGAGGGCUAGGCUGGGCUGGUGGAGCCCGCCAGAGCGUGGGGAGCACCGAGUUGGGCCAGAGGAACAUCGUGUGCAGCAGCAAGGAACCUGUCGAGGAACAUGGCACUGCUCCGAGGGCUCCUGGUGCUCAGCUUGUCUUGCCUGCAAGGCCCCUGCUCCGUGUUCUCUCCUGUGAGCGCCAUGGAGUCCUUGGACCAGCAAGUAAUGGGCGAUGAGGUGCAUUCAAUUAUCGGGCAGGCCCAGGAGAAGCUGUCCCCGCUUGCCCUCCUCAAGUUGGGCAACCAGGAGCCUGGUGGCCCAACUGCCCUGAAGAGGUCCCCAGGAGACUGCAAAGGUGCCCCAACUCCAGAGGAGACUCGCAGGCUGGCCCAGGCCAUAAUGUCAUUCACCGCUGAUUUGUUCUCCCUGGUGGCCCAAAGUUCCACCAGCCCCAACCUCAUCCUGUCGCCCUUGAGUGUGGCCCUGGCUCUGUCUCACCUGGCACUAGGUGCUCAGAAUCAAACACUGCAGAGCUUACAACAGGUACUGCAUGCAGACUCAGGAUCCUGUCUCCCCCAUCUGCUGAGCCACCUCUGUCAGAACUUGGGCCCUGGGACCUUUCGAUUGGCUGCCAGAAUGUACCUGCAAAAAGGAUUUCCCAUCAAAGAGCAUUUCCUGGAGCAAUCAGAACAGCUCUUCCGUGCAAAGCCCAUGAACCUGGUGGGAAGGCAGGAGGAUGACCUGGCGAACAUCAACCAAUGGGUGAAGGAGGCCACAGAGGGAAAGAUUGAGAAUUUCCUCUCAGAGCUCUCAGAUAAUACCRUAUUGCUUCUCCUCAAUGCCAUCCACUUUCAGGGUUUUUGGAGGACCAAGUUUGACCCAAGCCUCACCCAGAAAGACUCCUUCCACUUGGACGAACAGUUUACGGUGCCAGUGGACAUGAUGCAAGCCCAUUCCUACCCCCUGCGCUGGUUCUUGCUGGAGCAGCCUGAGAUACAGGUGGCUCAUUUCCCUUUUAAGAACAACAUGAGCUUUGUGGUGAUGGUGCCUACCCACUUUGAGUGGAACGUGUCCCAGAUACUGGCCAACCUGAGCUGGGACACUCUGCACCAGCCCUUGCUGCGGGAGAGGCCCACCAAGGUGCGGCUGCCUAAACUGCAUCUGAAACACCACCUGGACUUGGUGACCACACUCAGCCAGCUGGGCCUGCAGGAGCUGUUCCAGUCCCCAGACCUGCGUGGGAUCUCAGACGAGAGGCUGGUGGUAUCCAGUGUGCAGCAUCAGUCCACGCUGGAGCUCAGUGAGGCUGGUGUGGAGGCAGCUGCAGCCACCAGCACGGCCAUGUCCCGCAUGUCCCUCUCCUCCUUCAGCGUGAACCGCCCCUUCCUCUUCUUCAUCCUCGAGGACACCACAGGCCUGCCCCUCUUUGUGGGCAGUGUGAGGAACCCCAACCCUGGCGCACAGCCUGAGCUCCAGGAGCAGCAGGAUUCCCCUGACAACAGGGACUCCUUCCAGGACCAGAAAGCUUUCCUCCACAGAGAUAAGCCCUUUGGCCCUGACUUGAAACUCAUGCCACCCUCCGAGGAGGAUUACUCUGAGUUUAACAGCCCCAAGUGAGGGCCCUGGUCACCAGCAUCCUGAGUCCCCAUCCGGACCAGCCUCUCAACUUGUGUGACUCUUUCCAACCAGCUUUGUGGG